UUAGAAAUUAAAAUAGAAAAUGCACAAAUAAAUAAAGUAAUGGCAAGACUCCACUGACACUGUGGGGGUGGGGCUACAGGACACAGCCCCUGAGAUAACUUCCUGGAUUAACAAAGCACGAUCUUUUCCUAAACCUAACCAAGUAGUUUUGGCACCUGAACCUAACCAAACUGCGACCGUUUCGAGGGCGUAUCAUGUAGUGGGCGUGGCCUGUAGUACCGUGCAGCCGCAGGUCACAGACUGUGUGAAACAGCCGCAGAUAGAGCUAUUUGCAAAGUGAGCAAGCGCCGUGCUAACAAACACUGCGCCAGGAGAAGUGAUCUGCGGUAGGACAGUGCAGGACUGAUCCAUGUGCAGAGUCCGGAGAGGCAGCCGAUUUUUCACCAAAUGACUAAUGGGACUAUCUAACUGAGCUAUCAAACUAAACUGCUGAACCUGCCAAAUUAAAAGGAGAAAAAAAGGAAAAAGCUGUUUGUCAUUGAGUGGAAUCCAGUUAAAAACCUUCGGGUAGAUGCAUCAGUCACUCUCAAGUGGGGAAGCUGCACACAUUCUCAAACAUAACUUGACAGGGACAGACUCCUGCACAAUGGCUGGAAAAGACACAAAAGCGUCUUUGCAUGAAUGGGAGUCCCCAGAUUAUGAGCCGUCACUUCCUGUUUCAGAGAAAUCCAAUCCACUGACGCGUGACAUUGACCGGGCUUCGGCCAAUUGCAUUGUGAGGAUGUUACAGGCCUGUGACGCCCAGAUGUUUCAAGAAGAGAAAGGAGCCACCUACCAGAGGCUUUUGAGUGAACAAGUGGUGGAAACAUUGAUGGAGGUUGCUAAGAGGGUGGAGCUCAUUCUCAAGGAUCCUCAGGACAGCCUUGUUGUACUGAGCGGUUGCGGGACUUCUGGUCGACUGGCUUUCCUCAUUUCGUCAUGUUUCAAUAGAAUGCUGCAGGAGUUGAACCAGAGUUCGGUCUAUUCUUACAUCAUUGCAGGAGGAGACAGAGCUCUGCUAUCCUCCCAAGAAGCUCCUGAAGAUGACCCCAAACUGGGCAUGCUCAGUCUGAAGAAGGUCUGUGAGGGAAAGAAGCGGGUCUUGUUCAUUGGUAUUUCCUGUGGAUUAUCUGCUCCAUUCGUGGCAGGUCAGCUGGACUUCUGCCUGCAACACCCUGAGAUCUACACUCCUGUACUGGUUGGCUUCAAUCCUACACAUCAGGCCAGGGAUGGGCCCAUCCCAGGCUGCACGUUCACUUUUCACAGUGUGGUGCAAAUGAUGCAGGAGCUUGCCAAACGUCAAAAGGCCUUCCUCAUCAACCCAGCAGUUGGGCCAGAGGCCAUCAGUGGCUCUUCCAGGAUGAAGGGAGGCAGUGCCACUAAGAUUCUCCUGGAGGUCGUCCUGUCUGCCGCUCAUGCUGCCACCUUCACAAACACGCCCAUCACAUGCAAGGGCAUCCUUCAGCACACAAGAGCAUACGAGAAAACUCUGGAUAUCACUUACGCUCAGAAUGAGGGGAUAACUGCUCUGUUGGAGGCAGCUGGACGGAGUUUGCGGUGUGGUAGGCGUGUGUGUUACCUGGGCUGGGGCUCCCUCGCUAUGCUGGGUCUCAUUGACGCUAGUGAGUGUAACCCCACAUUUGGAGCAGACUAUGGAGAUGUUCGAGGCUUCAUCAGUGGAGGAUACAGAGAGCUGAACAACAAUGAGGGUCCACUGAUUUCACUGGGUCCCGACUUUUGCAUAGCACAUGAGGAUUUUUUGCAUCUAGUUCUGCCGUCCCUCAAUGACCUGGACAUCGUUCUUCUUCUCUACACACACUCUGACGAUGUCAGUGAGGUAGCGAAGUUGGCACGCAGAGUGAGAGAAAAGACGUCCAACCUCCACGCUGUUUAUCAUCAUGUUGAUGGAGACACUGCAGCUGCUGUACAACAAGAUGAUAUCAAUAAGUUGUGUCUAUCCUCACUAAAAAUUACUUGGCCAUCACCUGCUUCAGGGAGCUUACUACACAGGUGGGAGCUGUCCACUAAGCUGCUGCUGAACGCUGUGAGCACCGGAGCUCACAUCUUAAAGGGGAAGAUUUACCAGAACCACAUGAUCGACGUGCGGGUCACCAACAGCAAACUGUACUGCAGAGCCACACGGUUACUCCAGAAGCUGUCUGGUUGUCCUGAGUCCCAGUGUGAGGAGGCUCUUCUGAAGGCCGUCUACGGAGUGGACAAGCUGACAGUGGACAUUACAUCCUCUGACAUCAGCACACACACACACACUGCCAGAAACAGGACCAAGGUGGUCCCUCUGGCUUUGGUCUGUUUGCUGACUGGUUGCUCUCUCAUAGAGGCGAAGUCUCAUUUGGAGCAACAGCCAAUCGUAAGGGAGGCUGUGGAAGCGUGCCUUUCAUAAUUGACAUGCCAUUAUGUCAUCGUCAAGCAGAGUCCCUACACACAUGCUGCGUUCCAAAAAAUGAGUACGUACUGCAGCUGCCCUUACAAAGUAUGUACUCACAUUUUACUUCAUUUUAGCUGUAGUGUAACAUACUCUGCAAUUCUGUUGUGUAACCAUUUACUUUUUUUUUUGCAGAACUUUAUAUGUGACAGUGUAUAAUCAGAUCAUUGCAAUCCUAAUAUGUAAUGUCUUUGUAUCUCAAACUGUAAAUAAACCAUGUAUGAGAGGAA